UUUGUUGUUCGCGCACGUAAGCAUCGCUCGCUUGAGUGUACUUGAGUGGUGUGUCGAACGGUGUCUGAGCGAGCAGAGAAUUCCUCAUUUUAUCAACUUCUCGCUGUCGUGGAAGGUGCCAGCGUGUGUGGCCGCUGUCGAUGUGACUGCGCGGUCGCCCAACAUCGGUUGACAGGUGGCCGACAACGAAUUUGCCUUGUCCGGACUAACUUCACAGUGUGGCCAUGUCGUACCUGCGGGGCUCGCCCAAUUAUGUCUGGAACACCAGGGAUGUCCUUGGCAAGGGUGCCACCGGGGCUGUCUAUCGAGGUGUCCACAAGCAAACGGGUGAGCCAGUGGCUGUGAAGACGUUCAACCAGGUCAGCCAGCUGCGGCCGCUCGAGGUGCAGAUGCGCGAGUUCGAGGUUCUCAAGAUCGUCAACCACGAGAACAUCGUGCGGCUCCUGGCUGUCGAGGAAGAUGUGGAGAACCACAGCAAGGUGCUGGUGAUGGAGCUGUGCACGGGUGGGAGCCUGUUCACCAUCCUGGAUGACCCAGCCAACAGCUACGGACUCGAGGAGCACGACUUCCUUGGCGUUCUUCGCGACCUUAGCGCAGGCAUGAAACACCUGCGCGACAACAAUAUCAUUCACCGGGACCUCAAGCCAGGCAACAUCAUGAAAUAUGUUGCUGAAGAUGGCAGGUUUGUCUAUAAACUGGCUGACUUUGGUGCUGCCCGAGAACUUCAGGAUGACCAGCAGUUCAUGUCACUGUAUGGCACGGAGGAAUAUCUGCAUCCAGACAUGUAUGAACGGGCUGUGCUAAAGAAGAGUGCGGGCAAGUCCUUUGGUGCCACAGUGGAUCUGUGGAGCAUCGGUGUGACUCUGUACCAUGUGGCAACGGGGGCACUGCCCUUUCGGCCCUACGGGGGACGUCGCAACAAGGACACCAUGUUCUGCAUCACCUCCAAGAAGGAGUCUGGCGUCAUCUCGGGAGUGCAGAACACCGAGAAUGGCCCCAUCGAGUGGAGCAAGGAGCUGCCCCGAACCUGCCUCCUGUCGCCGGGGCUGCGAGAGAAGGUUGUCCCUCUGCUUGCUGGACUGCUGGAGUGCGAUGACUCCAAGAUGUGGACCUUUGAGCAAUUCUUUGAGUCCGUCACGGAGGUCCUCCGCUGCCGCCUGGUCCAUGUGCUGUACCUGAACGAGGGACGGGAGAUUCAUGCCUACCUGCCUUCUCAGGCAACGCUCUCCGACCUGAAGGCUGAGGUGUACCAGCAGACGAACCUCCCCGCUGCCUCGCAGCUGCUUCUGCUGCCCGAGGGCGUGUUGCUGGAGAGUGCACUUGGCCGCAGCAGCUCCGCGCACGAGUUGCCCCCAACCACGUUGGAGCGCCCCUACUUGCUGCUCGACAUCAACUGUGCCAGAGUGCAGGUGCAGCCAGGUGCAGGUGCCCAGACAGCACGAUUCCCAGCAUUUGCCUCUCCUGCAUCGACGCUGGAACAUGACGCCUCCCUUGCCAAGACAUGCUGCAGUGUUGCACAUGCAAUGCAGCGGCUCCUUGAUAAGCUGUGCCGUUGCCACGGCCAGUUGUCCAAGGCACCUCACGCACUGAGCUGUGUUCUGGAAGAGCAGACAGAGAAGCAAAUGGCCAAGCUGAACCAGGCAAAGACCAUCAACAACUUGCUUGACCAACAGCUCAGGUUACUUUCAGUCAGUCACUGCGACCUGUGUGAUCUGGCAGAGCUGCUGCAGCCGCAGACCCAGUCCAACGAGCUGCAGCGGCUAGCACGAACUCUUGCCGACAAGCGAGAGAGCCAAGCUGCCAUGACUGAUCAGGUGUCAAAGCUGAUGGCUGACGUUGCUCACCUGGAGCAGCGCAUUCUCAAAGGGCGCUCACUGCGGAAAGAGUGGGAGUCACUUUGUGCUGGCGUGCCGAAUCUCCAAGGAUGCUCUGAAACUGCCACAACUUAUGUCCAGAAAAUCCGUGAGAGCUGGCAAGCCCUUGCUAAAGACAAGGCACAAAGAGAGCUGUCAUUCCAUGAGAAGCAGUUCCACAUCCUCGAAAAGAACAAGAUCCGACAGACGUGCCAGAAGUUGCUGUCACUGCUCCAAGACCGCUGCCUGCAGGCUUGCCACAAGAUGGCGCAGGCAUUAGAGACAUGGGCCAAGGACGCACUAGAGAUAUGUGCACAAAGCCGGCGCCUGGACACAGAACUGGACAGUUGCCUGGACAUGUUGGCAUCCUAUAGUGCUUCCGUCAGCAAGGCUGGUGAAGUGUUCGAGUCAACUGCAAAUAGCCUCAUCUCGGAUCUCAAGGCCCAGCAGCAGCAUUCACCGACCACACCACUGCCAUCCACCAUCACAAUAGCAUCCAACACUACCAUGUCAGCUGGUGACACACCAUCUACAAAUGGGGCUGGUCCCAGAAAACAGCGCCUCCCGCGGCAAAUCACGCGCGGGCUCCAGAACCUCGAAGUCAGCACUGCCGAGUUGCUCCAGCUCAUGGACGACAACUACGCUGUUACAAUGAAGCUCUUUGAGCUGUCAUUCCCGCCUCAAGCAGCAGCUGGUGAAGACUCAUGACCUGACAAGCCUCUGAAUGCACCAAUGAUCGGUGCUGGCCCGUGGCCUUCAGGAGUAUUACUUAGCCUGUCACUGCAGCUGCUGUUACCUGUUUACAGCAAUGUUCAAGACUUCCAAGUGCAUUAUGUUGCGCUUGGAAAACAAAUAUGUUAUGUACAGACCUGUGCAUCGUCCUGCUGUGGAUGACUCUAUGUGGGAUGAUGCAAUGAUUUUACAAAUAAAGUUAACAAUGGAGCACUAUUGUGCUGUGACCAAAAUGAGGUGAUUGUUUUAUCUUUGAUCCUACUCCCCCCAUUGGAAGGCAUAGAAAAUGAAGCGAUACUGCAUUUAGACAACCAUUGAGGCCAUGGAUUUUCUUACAAUAAUACCUAGAGGGGAAUCUGGCGCUAGUGUCUACGCGGGCUCCUUGAGCGGGGCUUCAACCACCAUGGGAAUGAUGGGAAGUACAGGCUUUGGAUGGAUUAGGUUCUUGAGAUUCGAAACGCUUGUUUGCCGAGUGUAAAAUAAAGCGACAUGAAGUUCUUUCCAAUUAAAACUUGCUUCAUUCUUUUGUACGUAAAACUUAUUGCAAAAAGUUUGCAUGACUGUGAGAUGGAACUGAAACCUGGACAAAUUCAGCCACUAGGGUAUGCAUUGCUCUGCAAUUGUAUUCCAGAUUUGGCAUCACCAAUAAUGAAUUUUUUUCUUUACAACACUUAAAGUAAACGCGCUUGUCUUUCCCUCGAAAGUAUGCAUUAUCUAUUUAUGGAAAUAACAGUGCCGUAUUGAGUGAGAAACACUUAAAGUAUCAUCUGCUGCGAUGCCAGAUGCAUCUGUCCAAGUGGCCUGCCCCCAACGCAUCUCUCAUUUUGUUCUGAAGUCGAGUAAGAGGAGCGUGACGGUGGGUGUACUUAGCUUCGCCGUCGUUUUGCAGUCGAUUUGAAAGAGUUUUGACAAUUAGCGCUCAUAACAAAACGUUAACUCUAUGCAAUUUCCUGCACUGACAUGGGACGCUACAUCUAUGCGCAGCGGUGAGUGCACGACGCUUUGCUAAAAUUGUCAAGUACAACCUGUAAAGCUGCAACGUGGCAGCAAAUCGAGAAACCUAGCGGUCUUCAGCCUCUUUGAACAACAAAGGCACUGCUUGAAUGCAUUGCAAUGCACCCCACUGCCCACGCCUCGCAAAGAACGAAACUAAAACUGUAGAAAAAGAUCCGUAGACAGUUCGCUAGCAAACUGAAUCUAAUCCGAAGCCUGUACUUCCCUUCAUUCCCAUGGUGGUAGAACGACCGCAGCGCCAGUUUCCUCUCUAGGUUAUUGUAUGAAACUCGAAGAUUGAGGCUAAUUGUGAACUGUUGGAAAUGCAGAAUUUCCACAUGUAAUUUCAAAUUGAUCUCCUGAAUAUAUUUAAAAAUUCAGAGAAUCUUCAUAUUUUAUUUUGAGAAAAAGCAGCAGGGCUCGCUGAAAUCAGCUGUGUGGUUACUUAUAAUUGUUGUUAAGAUAUGUUUUCUCCACAGUUCAUGGAGGAUGGGAAUCGCAUGAAAAUCCACUCUAACAAAUGUGUUUUUGACAUACUCUUGAGGUACAGGAGUUAGGCCAAAUGUAAAGAUUUAAUUCCAUUGCAGCAGAGCUGGAAAUAAUGUUUGCACUGUUUGGGUCAUGUAUCUUUAUCUGUAGCCAUUGUUUUAAAAUCUGCAUCAGUGUAAUGUUGCUGUCUCCUUGUGUUGAGCAUUCCUAUAUGAAAACAAUACUUGUGAUGCUUAUGGUUGUUUGAUUCUCAAGAAACUUAAUAAACAUUUUAUAACUAUUCUAGUGCUUAGCGCAUGUUUUUGCAUUCUCUAGACUGAAUGUUGCGAGCAUUGAUUUUUUGCAAAGCGGGUUCUGUUUCUAUCUGUAAAUAAAAAUAAUCUAACGGGAAUGCUUGCAAUUCAGAUGCACAAAUUGUCGUCUGUGACAGAUAUGUAUUGACAUAUGGUGGGCUAUAUUUUGUGAUGACACUGAGAUUUCCAAUCUGCCGCUGGUUAUUGAACCUUGUCUUUUUUUUCCUUCUUUUGUUCUUGUUAGUGUCACUUAGCGUCAUACAAAUGUCAGUUAUAACACCUGAAGAUGGCAUUUAUGCAAUUGAUCGUUAUGGUAAUCAAAAUAGUCCAUUCCCCUCUCUUAUUUUCAUUUUGCUCUGAUUUCUGUCCAGAAAUCAGAAGUGAAGGUGCUUUCUCUUUGGCAUGGUAGAAAUAAAAACACUUAACUCCAAACAAAAAGGUUUUGCAGAAACAUAUAAUAACUUUCCAGCUUCCACACGGAAGCCUUGUUCAGUAAACUAGGUUUAGUGAACAAGGCUUCAGUGUGGAAGCUGAAACGUUAUCGUAUUUUUUAACAAAAUCUUUUUGGUAGGCGUUCUGCGUUUUUAUUUCUACCAUGCCAUUACAUCCUGACCAGACGAGAUUUCAUCCAAUUCACGAUUUUAUGGUUUUUCUUUGUGUCAAGAAACAUUGCGCUUCUCCACUGAGCAAAUCCUGAGCAUCUACAAAAUGAUCAAGCACCUUCACAGGGAUUUGCAUGUUAUUGUGAUAACUUCACAGGCAGAAAAAAAAACAACAUAAUCAUAAGAUCACUUCACUGAGGUGUGGCUUGUAAAUUGUCGUCUCUGUAAACCAUUGCCUGUUCAAGCCAUGUUGACAGUCGUGCAAUCGGUUCUUGUGCUGCUCUGUGUAUUACAAAAGUAUGACCUCAAGUGAGGUAACAUUGUGCACAAGAAACCAAAGGGAUCAUUUAAAUGAGCUGAAGACCUGUCAGUCCAACAGAAGUUCAGCUGCCUUGUCAUCGUUGGCAGCUUGUACAGGCGGUGGCUUGCAUUUUCUCUUUGACCUAGUUUAGAGAGAAGUUAGGGAAUAGAAACUUCGAGAAUUUCAGCAUGGACCAGCGUGAGCACUCCAAAGAAUAAGCGUUCGGCAUGUUACAAAGGUGUCUUGAGGGCUUUCUCAUUUGUCUCGUCACAGCCAUUUGUCAUCUCUGUGAUUCACUUCGUCACCACUGUUUAAGUGGCUUGGACCUUUCAGUUAUGACUACUAUUUGGCAUUGUUGGUACGCUGUUUUGAAGAAGACAAUUGUGGUGCAGGUACAGAAAGUGGUCGUAAAAGCAAUCUCUGUGUCAAUUUUUCUUGUUCCCCGUGUGUGUACUGCUAGUAUCAUGAGGGAUUGGGCCAAGGACUUAUUUAUGUACACAGUCUGCAGUGCACUUUGCAGGAAAAAUGCCAUUCCAGAAUUGUGUGUGUAAGGCAAGGGGUCCAUGCAGCCCUUGAUGAAAAGGAACUACAUAAUUGGCAGAUCACUUUCGGGAGUACCUGCACCUUCAUGUAACUAAGUGCCGGGUCCGGCGGCAUAGAUGUAACAGUUGCGGCACAGCGCGCUCUCAAUUGUAGAUGCUGACGUGCCUUGUGCUUAGUCGUGCAAAAUCUCGCGAAAGUGAAAGUAUUCCCAAAAGUAGUUGUCCUCAAGUACAUCCAAAGUCACUUGCAAGUUACACCAUUCGUGAAGCCUGGGAACUCAUUUGCACCUGCCGUAGUACAUUUAGAAGCUUCACAGAUGCGAUGUGUAUGUUGUUCUACAUUUAUGUUUGUGUGACUUGCUUUGUGGCCAUGCCCCCCUGGACGAUAUUGAUUGGAUUCAAUCAGUGCCAAACCAUUCAAUAAACACUUUUAAUUACGCUUGA